GGUCCGAAGACACUCUCAGAUGGGGGGGGGGGAAGGACCAACAACUCAAAGCUGCUUCCUAAGAGUUUGUUUGCUGUUUCCCCAUCAGAGCCAUUUUUCGUUUUGGUUUCCCCGCAGCCUGUGCGUGAACGCGUUUUGAUUUGCCAAAAUUACCCCAUUUCUGAGCAACUGGCUUUUCUUACUUUUGAUGUGUGUGUGUGUGUGUUCCCUUCUCCAUUCCUCUAAGGACGCAACACAUAAAAAAACCCCAGCAUUUUGCUGCAAAGAAGAACUGACUAUUGUUUUUUCCCCUAACAGCGAUAACUUGUGUUUCAGGUUUGAUUCUUUUGUGUUACAGGAUUGUGAAGUUGUUUUAACAUCCCAGGCUGUUUAUCCAAAGAUUACAGGCUGAAAAACUUCUGUCUUCCCUCAAAUUUCCUCUUUUUUUUUCUUUUAAAAAUAUGAUUGGUUCGGGUCAAGAGAUAUAUAUAUAUUUAAGCCUUGGGUUCACUGGUGCUCUCUCCACGUGCGUCUCUCUCUCUCACUGUUUUAAUUUAUUUGACAAAAUUCUAAUUGUAAUCUUCACUGCAUAUUCCCCUUAUCUUUUUUUAUUUUUUAUUUUGCAAUUUUGGGCUAUGAAGAAGGAAUAUCCUGGCGAAGAAGGAAGAAAAGGCUUGAAGAAAUUUGGGGGGGAGGGUGGGGGGCGCAGGGCGAAGCGGGGGGCAUUCUUCAUCUUUAGAGCUAACUACUCUAAAAAGAAAUUUGUUUGGUAAGAAUCAAUUAGUACAACUAAUUGUAACAUAUUCUUUUAAAUAAAUUGAUUUAUUCGAUGAAACUGUCCAGCUUUCAUGUGUGUGUGUGCAUAUGCAUAUAUUGCUGCAAGAUUUCAAGCUUUGGGGAGGCAGAAUUUCCAUUAAACAGACACACACACACACUGUGCCAAGAAUCUACUUUCAAUUAAGACUUUCUUGCCCACGUGGGGAUCCUUGUGCCACACAGGAUGAAAAGCAUUCAAGGAAGCUUCAUGGCCCCAGAUCCUUGUCAGGUGGCUGCUAAUUCCAAUUCUGAGCUGAAUGGGGGGCUAGACUGGAUGACCUCUAGGGGAUCCCUAGGCUGGCUUUGCCAGGCUUCGAGGAGCUUCCUGCUGGGAUGGCAGCCUGGAGGCUGACUCUGCGGUCAGAGAUGGCUGGAUAAGGCUUGGUCUGCUAAGCUGCCAUUCAUCUUCUGGUCCAAAGCAGGAAAAAAGGAAGAAGGAUUCAGGAUUUUAAAUCCUAUUUUUCCAACCGACAUGGACACGGAUUCCUCCGCUCGCCUCCUCGCCUUCACCUUCUUCCUUCUCUUCCCAGACUCCGAAGGAGGCCCCCACCAGCGGCAACUGCUGAAGGACCUGAUGGAAGACUACAUCCCCCUGGAGAGGCCUGUGGGGGAUGACACUCAAGCCAUCACCAUCCACUUCACCCUCAGCCUGAUGCAGAUCAUGGACCUGGACGAGAAGAAUCAAGUCCUCACCACCAACGUCUGGCUGCAGAUGUACUGGUACGAUCACUACUUGCGUUGGAACGAAUCCGAAUAUCCCGGAGUGAAGUCCCUACGUUUCUCAGCUGACCAGGUGUGGAAACCAGAUAUCCUUCUCUACAACAGUGCCAACGAGCAGUUUGACUCCACCCUCCACACCCACGUCUUGGUGAAUUCCAGCGGUUACUGCCAGUGGCUGCCCCCAGGGGUCUUGAAAAGCACCUGCCGAAUCGACGUCCGUUGGUUCCCCUUUGACACCCAAAAAUGCAUCCUCAAGUUCGGCUCCUGGACUCACGACGGCUGGCUGCUGGAUCUCCGCAUGUUGGAGAGCGACACGUCGGGCUACGUGUCCAACGGCGAGUGGGACCUUGUGGGUGUCCCUGGCAGCGAGAACCGGGUUUUUUACGAAUGCUGCCGGGAGCCGUACCUGGAUAUCACCUUUGUGGUCAUCAUGCGCCGCCGGACCCUCUAUUACGCCCUGAACAUGCUGGUGCCCUGUUUGCUCCUUUCGGCCGUGACGUUUUUGGUCUUCCUGUUGCCCGCCGAUUCGGGGGAGAAGAUUUCUCUGGGCAUCACCGUGCUGCUGUCGCUCACCGUCUUCAUGUUGCUGGUGGCUGAAGUGAUGCCAGCCACCUCCGACUCGGUGCCUCUGAUAGGGCAGUACUUUGCCAGCACCAUGGGCAUGGUGGGUCUCUCUGUGAUGACCACCGUUUUUGUCCUCCAGUACCAUCACCACGAUCCCGAGGGAGGGUCCAUGCCAAGAUGGGUCCAGGUGCUGGUGCUGAACUGGGGCGCCUGGCUCUUGCGGAUGCGCCACCCCGGAGAAGAACCCUUGGAGCGCCCCCCCUGCACCCCCAGUUUGCUGAGCUGCAGCUCGGACAACAGUGACGGAGGCAGCCCCCGUCCAGCUGGGCCCGUGGCCAACGGCCACCUAGUCUACGCGGGGAUCCCCACGGCUGCCAUCGCUCCUACCCCCUUCCCCACCAAGCCCCCCAAUGUGCCCCGGCCCUUCCUCUUCUCCCCGGAGCCCCCGUCCUCCUUCCCGGAAGACCCCCUCUCUGCCCCCCGUCUGAGCUCCAUCCUGAAGGAGCUGAGAUACAUCGCUCAGCGCUUCCGCAGCCAAGAUGUCUCCCGGGCCACCUGCAGCCAGUGGAAGUUUGCCGCGGCCGUCAUUGACCGCCUCUGCCUGGUCCUCUUUGCCCUUUUCCACAUCGUCUGCUCCAUCGCCAUCCUGAUGGCGGCCCCCAACUUUGCUGAGGCCAUCACCAAGGACUUCCUCUGACGCUCCGGAGCUGGACUUCCUCCGAGGACCUUCUCGAGAUGGUGAGAAGGUCCCUCCUGGAUGGAGAAAGACGGGGCUGGCCGGAGACCCUCCCGUGCAUGCCGACAACCUGGAUUUUUUGUGGUGGACAAUAAGGUUUGCCUGCAAUAGUUGUGGAGCUCCUCCUGCAAGGGAGGUCCUCGUUGGCCAGGGAGGACAUGGUGGCGGUCUCGUCUUGGGCUGGUUCUCCUUCAGAAAUCGUGGACGCUCCAACACUGGAGGCUUUUAAGAAGAGACUGGACGGUCACUUAUCGGAAAUGGUAUAGGUUCUCCUGCUUGAGCGGGGGGCUGGACUAGAAGACCUCCAAGGUUCU